AUGAGGCUCCGCCCUGCUGUGCCUGUCCUCCCGUCGCUACUGGUCGCGUCCCGCUUGGAGCCGCUCCUCCUCGCUCAGCCCGCGGACAGCAGACCGGCUGCGCUGCUCGACGAGAUCGGGGCGGCGACCCUCGUUCUAGGCACAGCGCUCGGCGGUGGUUUCCUGGCCCUGCCUCAUGCGACGGCGCCGGCGGGCUGCCUGCCUGCCACUGCGGUGCUCACGCUCUGCUGGCUCUUCCUGCUGCUCGAGUCACUUCUCGUCGCGGACCUCGUCAUCGAUGCGACGUCUGAAGCCUCGCCCGGUGGCACACCCUCCUUCGACAGCCUCGGCCGCGCCGCUUUUGGCGACGCGGGCGGCGCCGCCGUCUCCGCCACCUUUCUCGUGCUCAUGCUGACCACCCUCGUCGCCCAGAUAGCAAAGGCCAGCGAGCUCGCCGGUGGCGGUGCCUUCGGAGCGGCGCCACGCUCCCUGCGCUGCGCGCUCCUCACGGCGCCGCUGGCGGCGCUGACGGUCGGGUUCGUCGCCUCUGCCGCGAGCCUCUUCCUCGCCUCGUGGUCGCGCCUCUCUCGCGCCGACUGGUCCGUCGCCGCCGCCGCCGCGCCGUCGCUGCUCCAGCUGCACGUGCGGGUGCGGCGCGCCCUUCUGGGCGGCUCCGUCGCCCUCCUCGCGAUGCAGCUCGCCUGGUCAUCGCUCGGCAUCGCGAGGCUCUCACCCCCGCCGCCCCGCCGCCUCGCAGGUGGCGGCGCCCUCUCCUCGGCCUCGGGCGCGGUGGCGGCGUGCGCCAUCGCAACCACCAUCCUCGGCACGGGCCGUGCGCUCGCCACGCCGGCUGGUCGCGCCACUUCGGGCCUCCGCUCCCUGGCGGCGUACUGCAUUUGCUGCGCCAUCCCGGUCCUGAUUGCUGCGCGCGCCUCCUCCGCCGCCGCCUUUUUCGGCGCAAUCGACCUCGCCGGCGCGUACCCGGUGGCGCUUCUCUGGGGCUUGCUUCCGCCGCUAAUGACGCUGCGAGCGCGCAGUCGGCGGUCGGUUUCCCUCGAGGGGAUGCGCUCAUUUCCCGUCGCGCUGCUCGUCGGCCUCGCGAGUCUCUCGGUGGCCUUCAUGGGAGGCAACGCAGCUUUCGACUUUGACAUUUCAUUUGAGUUUUGA